AUGUCUUUUGCAACAAGUUAUAUAUUGGCUGAAAUCACAGCUACUUGUGAUUCCCUUUGUUACAAUGAUGGGCAAAAUGUCUUAAUAGACAAAAAUACUAUUGAGGCAAUCAAGGACUUGAUCAGAUAUCUGAGAAGAGAUGAUGAAAAUAAUACUAUUCGUUGUUAUCUGGGACAAACCAAAAUAUUACAAAAAGAUUUGAUAAAGAUAUUUGUAAAGCAUUCUGAUAAAACAGAACUAUGGAAUGUUCUUUUAAGAUUAAUGAUUAAUUUGACAAGUCCAGCUUUGAUGUUUUAUAAGGAUGAACUUCCUACUGAUAAAAUUACAAGAAGUAUUUAUCUGCAAAUACUUUCACACUUGCAAGAGUACAAAAGUGCAACGACUGAUGAUGCCAUUUGGUUGGUUGUUCAAAAAAAAUUGGAAAACAUUCUGAAAAUUGAUAGUGCUGAAAGAGGAGAAGAAAAUGAAAUGAUACUAGAGAGAAUUCUCACAUUGAUAAGAAAUGUUUUACAAGUACCAGCAAGUGAUACCGAAAACAGAACUGAUAAUGAUACAAACGUUCAUGAUGAGCUACUAUUUGCCCUCAAUACAUCUGGUAUUUCUGACCUGCUUGUUUACAUCGCGAGCUCUAGUGCAGAGCAGCAAUACCAUAUGCAGAUCUUAGAGAUAAUAGUAUGUAUGCUGCAAGGUCAAAAUCCUGAAAAGUUAGCCAAGGCUGAAAUAAACCGCAGCGACGCUGAGAAGCAAGCUGACGAGAUUAGGCUCAUGAAUAUGAGACGAAAGGAAAUAACUCAGAAAACUGAAAAAAUGAAGAAGUAUGCCGGUUCUAGGCAUUCCAGAUUUGGAGGUACGUACGUCGUACAAAACAUGAAGGCCAUCGGUGAUAACGAAAUGAUCUGUCACAAGCCGUAUCAAAAAAUCGAGGAUUUGAAUUUCAGCGUUACAAAGCAAAAAUUAAAGAAGCGGCGUCUGAAGAACGUCACGGUGGUCGAGUCGGCGGCCGAGCGCACCUCCGCGCUGAGCGUGCGCCUCUUCCUCAAGGAAUUUUGCAUGGAAUUCUUGAGCGGCGCCUACAACGCGGUCAUGAGAUACGCGCGUUCCUGCAUCAACGCGAACACCACCAGCAACGAUGAUACCAGCCAUUACCUCUGGGCGUUGCGCUUCUUCAUGAGAUUCAAUCGCAAUUACAAGUUCCAAGUGAAAUACGUCAGUGAAACUAUAGCGACGGAAGUAUUCUAUCUCGUACAGAGGCAAAUAGACUUUAAUUACGAAAUGAUAACCACCGACAAGAAGAAAAUAUCCUACUGGUCGACGAGGCUGCAUCUGGCCGUCAGCGCGUAUCAGGAAUUGCUGUACACCCUCAUCGAGAUGGACAAAUCUCUGGAUAAAGGAGUGAAGAACUCGAGCCGCGUGAUAAUGGGCAACAUUUUCUACGUGCCAGAAUACCGAGACACGAUACUCUCCCAGCUGCUCAACUAUAACGAGCUGACAAUGUCAAGAGACUACUUGGUGGAUCUGGUCACGACGGCGCACAUUUUUCUGACGAUGCUGAAACAUUUCUGCGAGAAGGAGCGUCACGUCGUCGUGCGCAAGCCGAAGCGCAAGAAACAAAAAAAAAAGACAAAGCCAGCGAGUGCAGCGGCAGCAGCUGGAACUGGACCAGCACAAAGCUUGGAGGAUCGAUGGGAUGGGGUGGGACCGGACGUGUCGGCUGUGCUGCAGCACAACGAGAUACCGGAAGUGACGCCUUUCGACGCGACGAUCGACACCCCCAUUGACGAGCAGAAGGGCGACGCCAUGAAAAGGAUCCAGAAGCUUCUGCGCUGCAAGGAGUACGAGCAGGCAAUCGGAAUUCUACGCUCAGCAAGGGAGGUUUGGCCCGAGAACGACAGUUUCGGCAUGGCCAACAUGCUGCCCGAGGAGGAAUUUCUCGUCCUGCGGGAGAUCUUUUUCGCCGAUCUUGGUGCGAUCGACGAGACCGAAGAAGACGAGGAGGAGGAGGAGGAGGAGAUCGAGGGUCUCUUGAAUCACGACGAGGAGGACGAGGAGGACGAGGACGAAGAAACGGAGCAGCCGCGCUAUCACGAGACGGACUUUCAGUUUAUGGACUUUCUCCAGAGGUUCGUGAACAUGAGGGCCGUGAAGAACCUGACGAUUCUCUUCCAGCAGUUCGAGAAGAACUCGAAGGAAGUCAACCACUACAUUCUCAAGAUGUACCACCGCAUAGCGGUCGAGUGCAAGAUGCCCGCCAUGCUUUACCAGGCCUCGAUAUUCCGGGUCUUUCAGAAGAUCUUCGAGCUAAACGACCCGCUCCACAAGGACAUGGACAAGUUCGCGCGCUACAUAUUCUCGAGCUUUGCAAAAGUGGCGGCAAAGAAUCCGAAAGCCUACAUGGAGUUGUUGUUCUGGAAGUCGACGAAGGAGGCCAUUGAAAUGACGGAUGGCUACGACACGGAGCACGAGGCCAGGGGCAAGAAGGCCGCGCGCAAGGCUUGGUCCGACGUUGAAGAGGACGAGUUGCGCACCCUCUUUAUGGAGCAUCAGACCAACAAGUACCCGCAAGAUGUGAUCGAUUUCAUCCAGAAGAGUUUGAUCAACCAGGACCGCACGAGGCGCGCCAUCAUUAAGAAGCUCAAAGAAAUGUGUCUCAUUGUCAAUUCAAAGUCCGUGAGAGCGGAAGUGCAAAAGAGGCUGCCCAAGGAAUGGUCGGAAGAGGAAAUUGCCGAGCUCACGGAGUUGUGGGAAAAAGUUCGAGAGGAGGAUGAUCCCGUUGGUUUAAUUUACGAUGCGUUGAGAAUCAAGCGCUCGAAGCCGAAAAUCAAGGAAAAACUUUUGGAACUCCAUUUGGCUACAGACCCGAAGCAGCUGAGAAAGAAGAGGACAAGAAAGAGCGAUGGUCCAAGAUCAGCGUGGGAAGCUCAAUCCGCAAGCGAAGACGAGGACGACUCGAACUCAGAUUCCGACGACGGUGGAGACGGUCAGGAUGGAUUCGGCUCAAGAAGGGACAAGAAGAAAAAGAAGGAUCCAACGAGGAGAAGGAAAUCCAAGCAGCCUACGAUCGUUUAUACAGACGCUCAGUUGUCAGGAUUACUGAAAGACGUCAUUGAGAAAGGCAUGGAAGCGACGCUACAGUGGUUGAAGGAGUCACUCGAGGAAUCGUUAGAGGACCGUGACGAGGAGAGUCCAGAGGACGAAGCUCUAGUGCCAUUGACAGCCGAGGUCUCGAAGUCCAUGGACUCGCCCAACUUCCAGCGUUUGUUGCGAGGCAUUGGCAUCCAGGCGCCGGAUCUUGAAGAGUCCUACUGGCGCAUACCUGCUACUAUGCUCGUGUCUACGAUCAAGAAGCGCUGCAGUGCGAUCGAAGCUGCUCUGCGUGGAGAGUUUAUUACUGAAGUUGCCAGAAAGGUUGAUGAUUCUGAAAGUGAUGACGACGAUGGUGUAUUUGAGCGGUUGAGAAACAUAGCGAAAAUAAAUGAAGAAGAUUCUAUGCACGAAACUUCGAAUCCUCAAAAAUCUGGAGCAAGCAAAUCCAUUGCACGAAAUGCGAGCGAAAAUGCUGUAAGCCCUGCAUCUGACAAGGAAAAUCGUGACUCUGAAAAUGGAAACGUUUUGAGUGCUCCAGUUGAAAAUUCACGAUCGCAGAUCAUUUCGUCGGAUUCUGAAGAGGAACUGGUUUCUUCUAAGCAGUCUAUCGUGAAUUCUGCAAAAGAUGGAUCUGGUAAAUCAAAACGGUUAAUUGAAUUGGACUCUGAAGACGGAAAAAUGGAGACAGGAAGCGAAGAGCAGAGCGACGUUCAAUAUAAAGUUGGUUCACAGAAGGGAAGCGCGAAAUCAAGUCGAAUACGAAAAGUUUUGGACUCGGAUUCCGAGGAGGAAGCGGAAAAAGUUUCCCAAGAUGUGGAAGAAGCGUUGGGACCAUCCAAAAGAAAUAUUCCAGAUACCGAUUUUGAGGAACCUACUAAUAAAAAGCGAAGAUUCAUCGACAGUGAUGAAGAUGAUAAUGCAACGCCAGAGGCGGAAAAAUCAAUGGAAAAGAAGCAGUCCAGAGUUAUAAGCGAUGACGAGGAUUAAAUGUAACUUCAUUUUAAGUCUGUUAAAAAUGUAAGUUAAUUCAAAGUACACUUUUAUCAAUCGUAACGAAAGGUGUCAGUGCUAACUUCUAACUACGAUAUUUACCGUGCAAAGUCAAAGAAUGUCUUAAGAUUCCUUAAACUACUUAUUUUGAACUUUUUAUACUUAGUUUUGAAAAACAACAGUUAGAAAUAACCUUGUAUCAUUUACAAUUUCAAAGACCAUUUUUACUCUUAGAACACUUUGAUUAUUAUCAUUUUCAUAUUUAUCAAACUAGUUGACUAGUUAUUUAUUAGAUUUCUAAACCUUGCAAAUAGCCAUUGAGAUAUCGGCAUUUCUUAUUUAUUUAAUCAUUUAAAAAAUUAAGUUCAUCUUACUGUAUUGUG